CCCACUGCCGGGGCACCUCUAGGGACAAUUUGCAUCAUGGGUUGGAAUCACGUUAUUCACGCGUUUCCCUUGCACGCUCGUCACGAGCAAUGCAUCCAUCAUUGUUUUUCUUUCAUCGCUCUGGCUCGAGAUUUGCCAUCUUCUACACUUUUCGGACGGCAACGUCGAUGAGCAUUAUAUGGCGGUUUGGAUUUCGCUUUGGAAGAUAUUGUUUGUCCCGAGGUACACUUUAUCUGCUUUCACUUGUUUCCUUUGUUUUGGAGAUGUUAUCCCAGCGAGCACAUCAGGAUGGAUAUCCGCUUUUGUUUCCUUCUGUAUUUACAGCGAGCGAGCGUUGGAUUUCUUUUGUCUUUUACACACGACGAUGAUGAAGGACAUGUAAACCUUGCUACGACGAAACUGUAAAUGACGGCAACGAGAUGACGCGCAAAUUUGGAUCAUGUUUUAUCUUCUUAGGAUGAGUACAUUGAUUUGCUCUUGGUGAGCGAGCGAGUUCUAUUCAGAAAGACUUACGAGUUCUUGAGGCUUCCCCUCUUAC